GAUUAGGAAGAAAAAAAACAAAUGUUUUUCUCAUGAGAGUAAUCGCUGUGUUUUAGCCAAUCAGAAAACGGUGAGGUGACAAAUAAAUUACUGUAUAACCAAUGGAAUGCGAUUAGGGCGGGAAUAUCUUUUUUAUCCGCCCAAUGGCAGACGCGGAGUUAAUUGCGGAACCUGUUUGGAAACGUCAUGUAUAUUAGUUCCUUUUGGUGUCGCUAGUGGUAACUUACGCAUGCUGCUUGUAGCAAAGUAGCACGCGAUUUUAACACUUAUUUUAUAUAAAUAUUUAAUGAACAAGGUUAUUUCAGCCACAUUUUAAAUGUAGCGUAAACUUGGUUAUAAAGCACCCACGACACCAAAAAGUCAACUGUAUGAUCAAAAGCCACGUGGAUCAAUUACAACUGUACGUUAUUUGCAGAAUUGGCUGAAAACUCCAGCUCUGUGAACGCCAUGGAAAACGAGUUGAAAGACGAUCCAUGCUCGAGUGAAGAGGCAUUUUCAGAAAAGCCCAAGAAAAUGAAAGCAAAGGCCAAAGGCAAGACAAAGUCUCAGCGUGAAGGGAAGGAGAAAACGCACAGGAAGAUGAAAGCAUCGGAGGAGGAGAUCAUGGAAACUGAAGGCAGUGGUGACAGAAGGUCUCAUGUAAAUGUUAAGGAAGAGCCAAAGGAAGAUCCAGACUUUGUAACAGAAAAGAAAGGGAAAAAGAGGAAAAGAAAGGCGGAUAAUACAGAUGGACUCUUAUCUAGCGCCGAAGCACCUUUGCCAAAGAAGAAGAAGAAGAAAGUUGCAGAUGGACAGGAAAACGCUUCAACAGCAAAGCAGAAAAAAAUGAAGGAAAAAAAAGAAAAGGUGAAAAAAGAGGAAGGAGAGCGUCCGGUCUCUACUAAGAAGAAAAAAACCAAGGAGGAGAUUGAAGCAGCCAGAGCUCUCAAGAUAAAGAAGAAAGAGGAGGAAGAGAAACAAAGAUGGAGAUGGUGGGAGGAAGAGAAGUAUGAGAAUGGAAUUAAAUGGAAGUUUCUAGAGCAUAAAGGACCAUAUUUCCCUCCUGCGUAUCAGCCCCUUCCUGAUGAUGUCAAGUUUUACUAUAAUGGAGAGCCAGUGAAACUCAGCCUGCCAGCUGAGGAAGUGGCCCUUUACUUUGCUCAGAUGCUGGAUCACGAAUACACCACCAAAGAGGUCUUCCGCAAUAACUUCUUCAAGGACUGGAGGAAGGAAAUGACUCUAGAGGAGAGACAACUAAUCAUGGAUCUGAAAAAGUGUGAUUUUGGGGAGCUCCAUGCCAUGCAUAAGGAGAAGGUGGAAGCCAGGAAAAACCUGAGCAAAGAGGAGAAGUUGGUUAAUAAAGAGGCCAAUCAAAAAAUAGUCGACGAAUAUGGGUUCUGUGUGUUGGACCACCAUCGUGAACGCAUUGGCAACUUUAAGAUUGAACCUCCAGGUCUUUUCCGAGGCAGAGGAGACCAUCCUAAACAGGGAAUGCUGAAGAAGAGGAUUCGACCUGAGGAUGUUAUCAUCAACUGCAGCAAAGAAUCUCGUAUCCCAGAAGCCCCAGCCGGUCACAAAUGGAAGGAAGUUCGUCAUGACAAAACCGUAACAUGGCUAGCAAGCUGGACGGAGAAUGUUCAAGGAUCCUGUAAAUAUGUAAUGCUCAAUGCCAACUCCAAACUUAAGGGUGAGAAGGAUUGGGAAAAGUAUGAAGUGGCCCGUAAACUGAAGACGUGUGUGGAUGCCAUCCGAACCCAGUACCAGGAGGACCUCAAGUCCAAACAAAUGGGCACACGCCAGAGAGCCGUAGCCCUUUACUUCAUUGACAAGCUGGCUCUGAGAGCAGGUAAUGAAAAGGAAGAGGGCGAGACGGCAGACACCGUGGGUUGUUGUUCACUCCGCGUGGAGCACAUCACUUUACACGAUGCACUGGACGACCAGAAGUGUGUGGUAGAGUUCGACUUCCUGGGUAAAGAUUGCAUCCGCUACUACAACAAGGUUCCUGUGACCAAAAGGGUUUUUAAAAACCUCAAGCUUUUCAUGGAAAACAAGCAAGGAGGAGACGACCUCUUUGAUCGACUCAAUACUGCUUCGCUGAAUAAACACCUGAGUUCCCUAAUGCCGGGAUUGACUGCAAAGGUUUUUAGGACAUACAAUGCUUCCAUAACCCUGCAGCAACAGCUGAAAGAGCUCAGCAACA